GCGCGCGUGCUGCGUGAGGACGCGUGCGCAUGCGGACGCGCGCGGGUUCGGUGCGGCGCGGCGGGCUUGGCAGUGCGCCUGUGCGGCCGGCGCAUCCCGAUGGAGCGCGGCGGCGGUGGCUUCGGGACGGGAUCCCGGCCUGAGGGGACUGCGCGGGGAACCUCUCUCCCAGGGAAGAUCGCAGAACCGGGCGCGGUGCGGACCUCUCAGCCCAACUACCGGCCUCAAGGCAUGGAGGGAUUUUUGAAAUCAGAUGAGAGGCAGAGAUUGGCCAAAGAAAGACGAGAAGAAAGAGAAAAAUGUCUGGCUGCUCGGGAGCAACAGAUCCUGGAGAAACAGAAAAGAGCCAAGCUGCAGUACGAAAAGCAAAUGGAGGAGCGAUGGCGAAAACUGGAAGAGCAGCGGCAGCGGGAGGACCAAAAGAGAGCUGCUGUGGAAGAGAAAAGGAAACAGAAGCUCCGGGAGGAGGAGGAACGGCUGGAGGCGAUGAUGCGCCGGUCCCUGGAGCGCACACAGCAGCUGGAGCUGAAAAAGAAGUAUUCGUGGGGAGCACCACUGGCCAUUGGACCCGGAGGACAUGAUGCAUGUGACAAACUUUCAACAUCAACUAUGAGUUUGCCAAAGCCGACGGAGCCUCCCAUGAGUAAACGCCUGUCUUCAUCCACCGUGGCAAUAUCCUAUUCCCCAGACCGAGCUCAUCACAUGCACCUUAGUCCAAUGGAAGCCAUUCUUGUUUCGCGACUGUUGACACCCACACAGUCUUCUUUAGCCAGAAGCAGAGCUUCAGUCAUGCUCUCUGGGCAGGCCAGUGAUUCAGUAUUCCAUGUCUGUCCUCGUUUAGCUCCUCUUGGCCCUCUUAACCCUUCUUACAAGUCUUCACCCACUCGAAACAUUGAGAAGAAGAAAGCUACAUCUACGUCUACAUCUGGUGCAGGAGAUGUUGGGAAAGAAGCCCUUGCAGGAGGAGAGGCCUCUCUGGUGGAGAAGGUGAAGCGGGGGCAACGAACAGCAACUUCUCUUCCCGUUGUGAACUUCGGGUCCCCUCUGAGAAGAUGCGAGUUUUCUGGAGGCAUUCCUAAGAGACCAUCUUCUCCUGUGAUAUCCAAGACAGCUACUAAAGCUUAUCCACAGUCUCCAAAGACAACGAAACCUCCCUACCCAGGGUCUCCUGUGAAGUACCGCUUACCUGCCCUUUCUGGCCAAGACAUGCCCAAGAGGAAAGCGGAGAAAGAGAAGAGCAACAAGGAAAGGGAAGGUACCUUGGCUCAGCAGGCUGCUGGCCCACAAGGAGAGGAAGCCCUAGAGAAGCAUGUAGUGGACAAGCAUGCCAGCGAGAAGCAUGCUGCUGCCGCAGGAGGGAAAGCCGAAAACAGCGCAGCCUUGGGGAAGCCCACAGCAGGCACCACUGAUGCAGGAGAGGCUGCGAAGAUCUUGGCUGAAAAGAGAAGACAGGCCCGGCUGCAGAAGGAACAGGAGGAGCAAGAACGACUGGAGAAGGAAGAACAAGAUAGGCUGGAGAGAGAGGAAUUGAAAAGAAAGGCAGAGGAGGAAAGGCUUCGCCUAGAAGAGGAAGCUCGAAAGCAGGAAGAAGAAAGGAAGCGGCAGGAAGAGGAAAAGAAAAAACAGGAAGAGGAAGAGAAAAGAAAGGCAGGCGAGGAGGCCAAGCGGAAGGCUGAGGAGGAGCUGUUGUUGAAAGAAAAGCAAGAACAAGAAAAACAAGAGAAAGCCAUGAUUGAAAAGCAGAAAGAAGCAGCAGAAGCAAAGGCCCGGGAGGUAGCUGAACAGAUGCGUCUCGAGAGAGAACAGAUUAUGCUGCAGAUUGAGCAGGAGAGACUGGAGAGAAAGAAGAGAAUAGAUGAAAUCAUGAAGAGAACAAGGAAAAGUGAUGUGUCUCCACAAGUGAAGAAAGAAGACCCCAAAGUGGGGGUCCAGCCUGCUGUGUGUGUGGAAAAGAAGACAAAACUAGUUGUCCCCAACAAAAUGGAAAUCAAUGGAUUGAACACCUGCCAGGAAGUUAAUGGUGUGGAUCACGCUGCCCCAGAAACUUAUCCCCAAGACAUUUUCUCUAAUGGGCUUAAGCCAGCUGGGGGACUCAUUCAUCUGGAUGCCCUUGAUGGGAAAUCAAAUAGCCUGGAUGAUUCAACUGAAGAAGUUCAGUCUAUGGAUGUGAGGUGUUUGGAGAACCCGUAAAGCUGCUGAUAGUCAAAUCCGAGCUACUAGCUGCUUGAAGAAGCUUCUGUCACCCUUACCGCUGGAUCCCAAAUUAUUAGCUCGGAAUGUAACUGUAUUCUUAGGUAGUAUGUCAAACACUGGCCACUCUUGGUAGAAACCUUGAAACUUUCACCUUGCUGGGCUUUAGCAAAGUUUCCUUUUACAGUUCUGUUUAUGAGCUUCAGCUACUGAUAAAGCACUUCCUGAACUUCUCUAUUAUCAUAGUGACCCUCUGAAUAACCUGAGUGACUGGCUCGGCAAUUCGCUUUAUAACCAUUCUUAUUCCCAAAGUUGGAGCACAUAAACAUUUAGAUGUCUUUUCCUGUAAAAUAGUCUAGACAUUUACCCAAACUCUAGUUCAACAUAUACUCAACUUGCACUGUAUAUCCCCCUGUCUUUUCUGAGACAGAGAAGAAAUUCAGGAGGUUCCCCAUCUCCAGAGUUCCUCUGUUGGAAGGCAGUAUCAAGAAGCCUUUAAAAAAUUGUUGUUAAGCUUUGCCACCUGCAGAAAUGCAUUGCCCCACAUUAUUCUUUUGGUGUUAAAGUAGUAAGUUUGGUUGAGGAAGGAAGUCAAAACAGUCAGUAAUGAUUUCUGUUCUCUUAUGCAUAUUCGUGUAUACAUGGGCAACUGAAUCUAGCAAGGACUCUUUCGUGUCACACCUUAAAAUCUUCAUGCUGUAGUCACUCCAGACCAUGGAGUGGCUUUCCAGCUGAAUGAAUCCUAUGUCUCGCGUGCAGGUGGUUGGUUUUCAAUGUUCUUGCUAAUUUUUUUUCUAUUGGAUCUUGGGAGUUUUCUUUGUUUGCUCCUGUGUUUGCCCAGCUUUAAUAAAACCAGGCGCAAACAAAAACCAUAGCAUUCUGAAACAAUAGGGGGCCCACAUUGGACCCAGUAUGUCACUUUAAUGGACUUUAAGAAAAAAUCUGAAUGGGAAAAAUGACACUAGAAUGUAUACUCCACACAUUUUAUGCCAUAUAAUGGUGUGUUUUCUUAAUUUUGUUUCUUGUGGCAAAAUGUGGCUUUCAAAUUAAAAUGACCUUUUCUUCUUUGAAACUUUUUGUUUUGACUUGUAUAAUUAAGGGUUUGGAAAGAUUCAUAAUUCUGAGAGAGGUUUGCAACCAGGAGAUACAAAGAAGUCUCAGUAGUAAUCUUGUUCAUGUGCUUUUACAGCCAGCUACAUUUAAGAAUGUAUUAGUUACAGAAACUGUAUGUCUGUGUAUGUGUCUCUACUCAAUAAAGUACAUGCCUCCACAUAAUGCGGUGCUGUCCAUCUCAGCAAAUACUGGCCAAGUCCCUUUAUGACAGGCACACAGAAACCAUAGCAUGGUCUGGCUUUCAAAAAAUGCCUCUCAUCUUUCCUGGAACCUUAUUUUGCUAAAUGUCUGUUUUCUUGUGAUUUGUUGUACCUCACAGCACCAUUGUGACCAUGGUGAUGCCUCAUUUGCAUGAUAUGUACAUUGUGUUGAAUGUGAAAUACAUUUUCACUGAAGAGUCUGA